AAACACCUGCACCUCUCUCUCGUCUCAUACAUCUAUUUGAGAGGGUGAGUGACCCAUAAAACAUAACUCUCUCCCUCUCUCGCGGCAUCCUUCUCUCUGUGGUAUUGAUAUUGUCUUUGGAUUUUUAGAAUCUAGUCAAGAUGGUGAAGUUUACAGCAGAGGAGCUUCGGCGUAUUAUGGACUACAAGCAUAACAUCCGUAAUAUGUCCGUUAUUGCUCAUGUUGAUCAUGGAAAAUCAACGCUUACAGACUCUCUUGUUGCCGCUGCUGGUAUCAUUGCCCAAGAGGUUGCUGGUGAUGUCCGAAUGACAGAUACCCGUGCUGAUGAGGCAGAGCGCGGUAUCACUAUAAAAUCUACUGGUAUCUCUCUAUAUUAUGAGAUGACUGAUGAAGCCCUCAAGAACUUCAAGGGAGAGAGGCAAGGGAAUGAGUAUCUCAUCAAUCUUAUUGACUCCCCUGGACACGUUGACUUUUCAUCUGAGGUCACAGCUGCUCUUCGAAUUACUGAUGGUGCCCUCGUGGUGGUGGACUGUAUCGAGGGUGUCUGUGUUCAAACUGAAACCGUGCUUCGACAGGCUUUGGGUGAGAGGAUCAGGCCUGUCUUGACUGUCAACAAGAUGGACAGGUGUUUCCUCGAGCUCCAGGUUGAUGGAGAGGAGGCUUAUCAGACAUUCUCUAGGGUUAUUGAGAAUGCCAAUGUCAUCAUGGCAACAUAUGAAGAUCCCCUCCUUGGUGACUGUCAGGUCUACCCUGAAAAGGGUACUGUUGCUUUCUCCGCUGGUUUGCAUGGUUGGGCUUUCACUUUGACCAACUUUGCCAAGAUGUACGCCUCAAAGUUUAAAGUGGAUGAGGGUAAGAUGAUGGAGAGGCUGUGGGGUGAGAACUUCUUCGAUCCUGCUACCAAGAAGUGGAGCAGCAAGAACACCGGUUCUCCCACAUGCAAGCGUGGUUUUGUGCAAUUUUGUUAUGAGCCAAUCAAGCAGAUUAUUAACACUUGCAUGAAUGACCAAAAGGAUAAAUUGUGGCCCAUGCUCCAAAAGCUUGGUGUUGUCAUGAAGUCUGAGGAGAAGGACUUGAUGGGAAAGGCUUUGAUGAAGCGUGUGAUGCAGACAUGGCUGCCAGCAAGUACUGCUCUGCUUGAAAUGAUGAUCUUUCACCUCCCCUCCCCUGCCAAGGCUCAAAAAUACCGUGUGGAGAACUUGUACGAGGGUCCUCUUGAUGAUGUUUAUGCCAAUGCUAUCAGGAAUUGCGACCCUGAAGGCCCCCUAAUGCUUUAUGUAUCUAAGAUGAUUCCUGCAUCUGACAAGGGUAGGUUCUUUGCCUUCGGACGUGUUUUUUCUGGAAAGGUAUCCACUGGUCUGAAGGUUAGGAUCAUGGGACCAAACUUUGUCCCUGGUGAGAAGAAGGACCUGUAUGUGAAGAGCGUGCAGAGAACCGUCAUUUGGAUGGGAAAGAGGCAAGAAACAGUUGAGGAUGUUCCUUGUGGUAACACUGUUGCCAUGGUUGGUUUGGAUCAGUUCAUCACCAAGAAUGCCACUUUAACAAACGAGAAGGAAGUUGAUGCCCACCCUAUUCGCGCUAUGAAGUUCUCUGUGUCUCCUGUUGUGCGUGUGGCUGUUCAAUGUAAGGUGGCAUCUGACCUCCCAAAGCUCGUUGAAGGUCUGAAGCGGUUGGCCAAGUCUGAUCCCAUGGUUGUCUGUUCCAUCGAGGAAUCUGGAGAGCAUAUCAUUGCUGGUGCAGGAGAACUCCACCUUGAGAUCUGUUUGAAGGAUUUGCAGGAAGACUUUAUGGGUGGGGCUGAGAUCAUCAAGUCUGAUCCUGUUGUGUCUUUCCGUGAGACUGUCCUGGAGAAGUCCUGCCGUGUGGUGAUGAGCAAAUCUCCUAACAAGCACAACCGUCUCUACAUGGAGGCACGACCCUUGGAAGAAGGGCUUGCUGAGGCUAUUGAUGAUGGCCGUAUUGGUCCAAGAGAUGAUCCUAAGAAUCGUGCCAAGAUCUUGUCAGAGGAAUUUGGUUGGGACAAGGAUCUUGCUAAGAAAAUCUGGUGUUUUGGUCCUGAGACUACGGGACCCAACAUGGUUGUGGAUAUGUGUAAGGGAGUUCAGUACCUUAAUGAAAUCAAGGAUUCUGUUGUUGCUGGGUUCCAAUGGGCAUCAAAGGAAGGUGCUUUGGCCGAAGAAAACAUGAGAGGUAUCUGCUUUGAAGUCUGUGACGUGGUUCUCCAUGCUGAUGCCAUUCACAGAGGUGGUGGUCAGGUUAUUCCGACUGCCAGGAGGGUUAUCUAUGCUUCCCAGCUCACUGCCAAGCCCAGGCUUCUUGAGCCUGUUUACUUGGUGGAGAUCCAAGCUCCAGAGCAGGCUCUUGGUGGUAUCUACAGCGUUCUUAACCAGAAACGUGGUCACGUGUUUGAAGAAAUGCAGAGGCCUGGGACUCCCUUAUACAACAUCAAGGCAUACCUUCCUGUUAUAGAGUCUUUUGGAUUUUCAGGGACUUUGAGGGCUGCAACAUCAGGACAGGCUUUCCCACAAUGUGUUUUCGAUCACUGGGACAUGAUGUCUUCUGAUCCUUUGGAAGCUGGCACGCAAGCUGCUCAGCUUGUUACUGAUAUCAGGAAGCGGAAGGGUUUGAAGGAGCAGAUGACACCUCUAUCUGACUUUGAGGACAAGCUAUAAGCAUUUUCCCAUUCUUGUUAAAGCAACUCGGUUACCUUGAGAGAUGAUGGAGUAGAAGGACCAUUUUUGCUGCUUGGUUCUUUGCAGCCUCCUCAUCUGUGAUGUUUUGAAAUUUUGUUACCGUGGAUUAGUAGUCGUCCUAUUGGAACAGUGGAUCAUUUUAUCCAUCUUCUCUUAUAAGAACUCCGCACAUGUUCUGUUGUGAUGAAGUUGGUAAGCUUUAAACUUUCACAUUAUCAACAUGCUAUAUUUAAUUUUCAGAUGGUGUAUUCCUUAGUGCUACUAUGUAUGUGUUUGUGGUGAUUAUAUCUGCAGUCUUUAUGCUAUUUAGAAGAUCAUAUGCGGUCCCU